AUGGCAGUAGGGUACAAAGGAAAACCGACUUAUAGAAGCUCAGCCAAGAGCCAUUCGAGCCGCGGAAAACUGUUAGUGCCGGCGACGGUCGUGCUGCUAGCAGCCGUCGGCGUGCUACACUACUACUCUUACGUUAAGGGCCAUCAUGCUACUAACGAGUUUGCCAAUGUCGAAGGUGUCAUACGGCGCGAGCUAGUGGACCAGCGAUCGGAUCCCGAAUGCCACGUCAACCCUAGUCCUGCCACGUGUCAGCACAUCGACCUCGUCGCGUUUGCCACGGGCCCCAUACCCCAGCGAUUGGAGACGGUGUGUUUGGCGCACGCAGUAGCAGCAGUGCAUCAGCUCACCGUGCGAGUGCUCUGGCUGACAGAUGAACCGCAGGCAACCCAACAGUCUCAACAACCCCAGCAGCAGCAGAGGCAGAGGGCGGGCAUGCCGUACGUGCCGUUCUCAGCCCUGUUUGAGCCGUCGCUGACGGUGGUGGAGACGAAUCUGUCCGCUGCUGACGCCACCAGGAGGUUCAUUCACGAGCUCUUCACUCCCAAAGCGCACCAGUACGGCCCGUGCUUUCGAGACACGUGGGAGCGGAUUCAGCGAGCAUCGCAGCGCAAGUCCGCCUUCCCCCGCACCUCCUCAGCUGACGCUGACUCAGACUCGGACCCUGCUGACUCAGAUUCCGACUCUGCUGACUCGGAUUCGGACUCUGCUGACUCAGACGCAGCCGCGGAUGCAGCCGGCGCACGCGGUAAAGGUACUGAGGAGGCUUAUAGCGAGGAUGAGCCGGUGCCGGUGUCCAUGUGGACCGGUGAGCUGGACAGUGAGGAGGUGGCGGGGCGGCCCUUGGGAUUGCCGCGGAAGCUGACCCUGCAUGGCUGGUUCCGCACUGAGACCCUUCAACGUAGCAAUGUGGAGGACUGGCAGGAGGAGCGCGUGGGGUGUCUGGUGUGGGCGCACGUGCAGAAGUGCUACGCGCGGCUGCAGCCCUCCCCUGCAGUAGCUGCCAUGGUGCGAGACGAGGGGGUCCACACCACACGCGUGGAGAGCAGCAUUGGGGUCUACCUGGAUGCCACCCCCAGAGGCACCUGCCCGGGUUGUCCUUCUUCGCUCAAUCCUGCCGACUGUGCAGCCCGGACUCUCGCCCUCACCAUGCUGCACCGCCCCUCCAUCGACUUCACGCUCGGCUCCGCCGCCCACUCGCACCCGGCGCACAUCGUCUCUUUCUUUGACGCCGACCGCGCACCGUACGUGUCGCCGUCCGCCGCGUUCCGGGUGACAAACUGCGGGGAGAAGCUGGUGCAGGCGCUGGGGGAGGCUCGGGAGGGGGCGGCUGAACGGCUGGCGGAAUUGGUGCUGACGUGCAAGCAGCGCGAGGUGGCUGAUCUCUUCCUCCUCGCACAAACCACCGGGCUCGUCGUGAUGGAGCCGAGCACGCUCUCAGACUUCAUCGCAUCGAGGGGGAGGCACCGCCUGCCCUCCUUCCGCCUCUUCACGCCGCUGUGCCUGGCGGAACGCGCCUGGCCCAUGACCGUGCAGCCAUUCGCCUACUUCUUUGCUGUGGAACCUAAAUUAGGAAUCGCCUACUGCAGCAUGCCGAAAGUGGCCUGCACGGGAUGGAAGAUGUGGUUACGAGCCAUGCUCGGCCUGCCCAAGCCGCGAGACCCCUUUCUCGCACACAGCCACAAGGACUCAGGCCUGGGAGACCUCUCACAGAAAUACUCUGAGAAGAAAGCCACGAAGCUCAUGACGCGCCGAACCAUGUUCAAAUUCACGUUCGUUCGAAACCCGUACGUUCGGAUAGCCUCGACGUACCUGAACAAGCUCGUGAUCACCGAUGCUCCGGAGCGGAAGGAGGGGUGGGGGACGCGGAAGUUUUGGAACCAGGAGUUUUUCGGGACGGCGAAGAGGAUUUUGGAUUUGUUGAAGGAUCCGGUGACGGAUCUUGUCAGCUUCCCGGAUUUUAUUCGGCUGCUGGAUCAUCUUAGGCGGACGCGUGUCAAGACGGACCGACACAUCUCAAGACAGGUGGACAUCUGUGGCUUGGCUCACGUCCAGUACGACUUUGUGGGUCGUUUCGAGCACCUGGAGGAGGAUGUGAGGCGGGUUACAGCAAGAUUCAACGACUCGCAUCUCGAUAUUUUCAACUUUGGCAAGUCGGUGCAUGCGACAAACUCUGAGGCACAACUUGCUCGGCUGUAUGACAGGGAUACGGUGCUGACUGUCUCUCGCAUAUUCAAGAGUGACCUCAAUGUUCCCCUCAACAACAUCACGUAUGACAUGCCAGAUAUUCUGCGGAAACUUGUGGAAGGGGGUCCAAGUAGUGGCACCAAGAGCGCUGAGCUCGCCGCCAAGGUGAACAAUGUCGAGGCCCGCGUGACGAUGAGGAAGACCGCCAAGGCGGCUUCCAGCAGCGCCUUCUACGGCCCCGACCGCAACCUGUUCCUGGGCCCGUUCUCCUCCCCCCCGUCGUACCUGACCGGCGAGUACCCCGGUGACUACGGCUGGGACACCGCUGGUCUGUCGGCUGACCCCGAGACCUUCGCCAAGAACCGGGAGCUGGAGGUUAUCCACGCUCGCUGGGCUCUUCUCGGCGCGCUCGGCUGCCUCACCCCCGAGCUCCUCGCCAACAACGGCGUGAACUUCGGCGAGGCGGUGUGGUUCAAGGCCGGCGCGCAGAUCUUCUCCGAGGGUGGCCUGGACUACCUCGGCAACCCCAGCCUGAUCCACGCGCAGUCCAUCCUGGCCAUCUGGGCCACCCAGGUCAUCCUCAUGGGUGCCGUUGAGAGCUACCGCGUGGGUGGCCUUGAGGGCUUCCAAGAGGUUGAGGACCCCCUGUACCCCGGCGGUGCCUUCGACCCCCUGGGUCUUGCUGACGACCCCGAUGCUCUCGCUGAGCUGAAGGUGAAGGAGCUGAAGAACGGCCGCCUCGCCAUGGUGUCGAUGUUCGGGUUCUUCGUGCAGGCCAUCGUGACCGGCAAGGGCCCCCUGGAGAACCUCUCGGACCACCUGGCUGACCCCACCGUCAACAACGCCUGGGCAUACGCCACCAACUUCACCCCCGGCGCUUAG